AUGAAUCACAAUUCAUCAUUUUUAUCUAUGAAUAGAUUGAAUUGUUCAAUUAAUUGUAAGAAUGAACAGAAUUCACUGUUUCAAAUAAGAACAUUGAGUUGUAACGACACUGAAAAGGUAUUUGUUUGUCCAAAUAGUGACGAAGAGAAUACUAUCGACAAUCCUAGUUCAAAAACUGAAAAUUACUCUUCGUAUCAGAAUUCUUUGAAUAGUAUGGAGAAGUCAUUGAUAAAUACUCAUCAAAAUAAUGACAAUUUUGAAUUCCGUUCACCAGUUUCCAAAAUUGAAAUUAACAGUUAUGAAAUAUCUGAUUCACUUAAACCACACAAUGCAACAUUCAGUAGUAACGAUAACAAUCCAUCUGGUAAAUCAACCGAUUUAAACUUUCCUGUAAGUGAUCAUCAUCAUCAUCAUCAGUGUCAGUGUAAUAUUUCCUCUUCUGAAUGGGAUAAAUGGUCAUUUUUAUCCUCAAUCAGUGGUUGUUCAACUAAAUCGGAUUGUACUGUAACAACAACACAUAAAACUGACGAGCCAUUAAAGGAAUCAGAAACUUUAGCUAAAUUUGUUGAUAUAUUUAAAGAAAAAAGAAUAAAACUUGGCAUAACGCAAGCUGAAGUAGGACGUGCAUUAGGUGCACUAAAUGUAAGUGGUUUCGGUUGUUUAUCACAGUCGACAAUAUGUCGCUUUGAAUCCUUGUCACUAUCACAUAAAAAUAUGCUUGCUUUAAAACCUGUUUUGGAAAUAUGGUUAAAACAAAUGGAAGAUGGUCUAGAUGUGAAUCAAGAACAUUACUUUAAAGAAUCAUUCAACUGUUUGAAUUGUACAUCUACUGAUUUCACUGAUUUAUAUGAGAAUUCCUCAUACUCUCCAACUAAUUCACCAGUCUUAAUAUCAUUUAAUCCAUCUAAAAAAUCUGUGCAAAACCAACGACGUAAACGUAUGUCUAUCAUGGGUAGAGAAAAAUCUAUUCUCGAAUCAUUCUUUAAUGCAAUAGAUUGUAGACCAAACUCUGAACAAAUGAAUCAGCUAGCUGUACAAUUGAAUAUGCCAAAAAGUGUAAUACGUGUAUGGUUUUGUAAUCAACGUCAAAAAAAUAAACGCCUUUCACAAUUAUUAACGAAUUCUUUAUCCGAAGGAAAAUAAUUUCCAUUUCUUAUAAAUAAGUAUUAAAAUAUAGUAUUUUUCA